CAGCCCUCGCCGUGAACCAUGGCCUAUCAGCUGUAUAGGAACACCACGCUGGGGAACAGCCUUCAGGAGAGUCUGGAUGAGCUCAUACAGUCACAGCAAAUCACACCUCAGUUGGCCCUUCAGGUGCUACUUCAGUUUGAUAAAGCUAUAAAUUCAGCACUGGCACAGCGAGUCAGGAACAGAGUCAAUUUCAGGGGGUCUCUGAACACUUACAGGUUCUGUGACAACGUAUGGACAUUUGUACUGAAUGAUGUCGAAUUUAGGGAGGUCACUGAACUUGUGAAAGUGGAUAAAGUGAAAAUUGUAGCAUGUGAUGGAAAAAACACUGGUUCCAAUACUGCAGAAUGAAUAGACCUGUGGUUUGUCUGCAAUAUUUUCUGUUAAUAUGCAGCACUUUCUGGAGAGAAGCAUGGAAAGGGACUGAUCAUACUUAAUUCUUGUGAUGCAGAUGUGAGUUAAUCCAUACUAGAAAGCGUCACAGAAUGACAGCAGAAGAAAUACCUGUAGCGUUUCUUCAGUUCACCUUAUAGGGCAUGAAUACAAUGUUACCUUUUUUUUUAAAUUACAAGAGAUACUGUUGUCUUUUUUUGUUCAAAAUAAUUUCUGUAAUAAACUUUUAUUUAAAAACUUUUGAAAGAGCGAUCAUUGGAAAACUUUGUUUAGAAACUAGCAUUAAAUACCAUGUUAUCCCAAAAUUUUCUAAGUGUGUUUAGAGAAACGUUGCAAAUGAAAAAGUCUUUCAGUUACAGGGUUCUGAGUGUGGUUGCACUGUUAAGUAUUGCAAGAAAUGGCUGUUCCAGAAUGAUGGAGGAGGACAUCAGCAAAAGCUUAGCAGUUUGUGCUGGGCAGCUUGUUUGUGUGUUUGUGACUGCAUCUUUCUCUAUAAAUAGCUCUGCUACGUGCCCUUUGCUGCAAACUGCAGAUUGGUAAGUAACCAUUUUUGAAACCAAAAGAACAGACAGUUGCUUUUAUUUCAACAGCACAAUUAAGUGUCUGUUUUUAAUCUUGAAGGAUGCAAAUGUGUAUCUGUACCAUGGUUUUCUCUUGUUCCUACAUCAGACUCAAUCUUCUAGGUUUAAACUUCUUUUGUUCUCUAAUAAUCAUGUGGUAAACUAAAUUUCAACCCAUAGAGGUAUAAAAAUUUGUUCUUUCUACCUCCAACUACUUGUAGUCUCUUCCUGUCUUUAGACAAACUUCUCCAUCUUGAGUUCUCUGUAGCAUAUCUUUUAUUUUGUUCCAAUUAAGUGUGCUUUGGAAUCAUAGAAUGACCAGGAUUGUAAAGAACCUUAGGAUGAUCUCUUUCCAGCCCCCUUCCAUGGGCAGGGACACUUUGCAUUAUCUCAGGUUGCUCCAAGCCUGGUCCAGCCUGGCCUUGAGCACUUCCAGAGGUGGGGCAGCCACAGCUUCUCUGGACAACAUGGUCUAGUAUCUCAUCACCCUCACAGGGAAGAAUUUCUUCGUAUUAUCUAAACCUACUCAUUUGAAGUCAUUCCCCCUUUUCCUGUCACUCCAGGCUUUAACCAUAUUUCUGGGUUGGUGUUUGUCCAGGUCCUGGAUCUGCUCUUUCUGUGGAGGUUGUUUCAGUUCUCUGAAGGAGCAGGAAGCAAAGGAAAGUUAAGGGGAUCUGGUGCCAAUGUUGUUCUGCUUUUUAUUGCUUUGCUCUCCAUAACUUCCUUGCCACUUGCUAUUUUUUGUGUUUGAAUUUCAACUGAUCCUGCCAAGUUUAUGGGACUAAUGUACUUUGUGGUCUUGAAAGAUUGAACUUAAAACUAAAAGCAUCAACUGCACUUUUGUUAUAUUAAUCUAUUGUAAUAUCCAAUGGAAGACAUGUCAUUUCACUUGCUAGAGUAUCAGCACACUUGCUGCUGCCUGUUAUGUUCUUCUUUGCCUGUAGCGUUAUGGACUUCUUCAUUUAUUUGGUUAUUUCAUUGUUGUUUUUCUUCAGAAAGAUCAUGAUUGCUUCCACUUCUCAGCAGUAGAGAGAAAAUAAAAUAUACCUUUGCACCUUGA